GUAUCGUCUGCUCAACCUCUACAUCCUCCUCCAAACCAAAGUAGGAAACCAAUAACAUUGCCAAGUGAGGAAACAUUACCAGCGAAUGAAAGACUGCUCUAUUUCUCACCAAAUGAUUCCGAAGCUGCUUCUAAUUUGGCCUCGAUUGCUUCUACCCCCGAGAAAGAGGAUUCGAAGCAGGAUAUAAACAUAAGUGAUGGGAAAUCUGGAAGCGCUUCAUUAACCUUACAUGACACAAUUUUGGCAACACAACUUAGGCAUAUCAAUAGAGAGUUGACGCCUACAAUUUCUGAAGUAUAUCAUGAAAGAAACAUUGGUUUGGGAUUGGCACCUCCCCUAUCAAAACUAUUACUCAACCAGUCAUCUCAAUCAGCUCCUAAGACCGACAACUCUAUACUGGAAAAAAUAACAUUGGGUAUACUAGAUGACGAAGACAUCAGUGGCGAAAUCAAACCUGUGCAAUGCCAAAGAUGUGACCCUGACAGUUGUACCUGCAAACUGAAGUCCAGUAAACCGUGGCUCACAGAAAAUGCAAGUGCCCUUCAACAAAUUCAGAGUUCUGAUUUAACCACUGCUGACAUAUUGGAGAGAGAAGUGAAACAUAAAAAAAGUCUGAUGAGAUCUGAACGGAAGAGAAUCGAAGAGACUGAACCAAAGCGACUCUCUCCGUUUUCAGAGAUGUCUCGAAGAGAUGAAGGUGACGGUCGCAGUAUAGCAGACUCAACUUCUUCGAGCUACAAAAACAAUCAUUUCCUGGCAUAUCUAGCUGCCAACAAACCAAACGCCAAGAUGAAGACGGUCCCUGCUCUCAGAAGAAGCGUGCCCAAUCCAAAUCUGAGUUGAUAAAAGUAGGAAAACACUGGAGAUACUAGAAUUUUCCUUGUUCACUUUUCCUAUCUUAACACUGUGCUUAUGAGUGCCAGAAAAGUGGAUCAGAAGAUGAAUUGACGUUUGAUGGAGUAUACCACAGAGGCCUUCUCCACCUUAUAGUUCACAAGUAGUUGUUGCAUCAGUCGGGAGUGUAUUAUUUUUUUUGUAUAUUUCAACUAUUUAUUGUCUUCCAAUGGAGUCUGAAUGAUCUGUUUGUAAUUGCCAAUUCUCAAAUAAAAUAUUUUUAUAAUGA